CCAUGACUGUGCUGCACCUGGCCAAGUUCCUGCGCAACAAGAUGGACGUGCCCAGCAAGUACCGGGUGGAGGUGCUGUAUGAGGAUGAGCCCCUGAAGGAAUAUUACACCCUGAUGGACAUCGCCUAUAUCUACCCCUGGAGGAGGGGAAUGGGGGGUGGCAGUGCCAGUGUCUCCACGGUGUCCCCGCGCACUGCCAGUCGUACCCCGUGUCCCCAGAGUGGUCCCCUGGCACUCAAGUACCGCGUCCAGCCCUCCUGCAAGCGGCUCAAGCUGUGCCCGGCGCUGCCAUCCGAGGGCACCAACACUAGCGGCACCUCCGAGUGCGAGU